CUGCUUAAAUUCUAAGGAAAUAAUUUCCGAUAAAGAAGAUUAAGGAAGAUAAAAAGUUUUAAAGAAGGUGAAGGAGAAUCAAGAAGAGUCAUGGCUACUUUAUCAAAGAUUCAAUGUCUGUUGAUCAUUUGUUUCUUAUGUUUUUUCUUUCGAUAUUCACUUCAUGAUGGGAAUCAAGAAUCAGGCCGUGACUUCGCUUCAACCUCUAAGGUGAUCGAACAUGGUGAUAUGAUAAUACGAGGAAGAAAGCUGAUGAUGACAAGUGGAGAAGGAGAAGAAACGACGAUGAAGAGUGGAAAGAGAGAGACAGAGAGAAAAUCAAGCAAAGGUGUUGACGAGGAUGGACUCGUUGCUUACACUGCUGAUUAUUGGAGAGCCAAGCAUCAUCCUCCCAAGAACAACUAAUUCCCAAUAAUUCUGUUCUAAAACAAUAGUAUAUAAACUUCCUUGCUUUUAUGAAAUUCUCUAUAGAUAUAUCAUAUAUAAUUACUCAUGAUAUUAAGUAAUUAGGUUUCAUUAUAUGAUGUGUUGCUUUUGUAGUUUCUAUUAACGUUGUAACGGCUUAACUAAUAAUGGUUUACAUGUAACACUAGCUUUCAAUAUUUUUAUUAUUCUACAG